CUAGCCCGGCCCAGCGCCCAGCCCGGCGGGCAACGGGCGGCUGGCGAGCCGGCGCAGGAGCAGCAGGAGGGGGAGCCCCACCGCCGGGGAGGGAAGCCGGGGCGAGGCGAGGAGGUGGCGGGAGGAGGAGACAGCGGGGAAAGGUGUCAGAUAAAGGAGGGCUCUCCUCCGGUUUGGAGGCAUCAUGGCCGCUAAAUCAGACGGGAGGCUGAAAAUGAAGAAGAGCAGCGACGUGGCGUUCACCCCGCUGCAGAACUCGGACCACUCGGGCUCGGUGCAGGGACUCGCCCAGGGCUUGCCGUCGGGGUCGGGAGCCGAGGACGAGGAGGCGGCCGGGGGCGGCUGCUGCCCGGACGGCGGCGGCUGCUCGCGCUGCUGCUGCUCGGGCGGCGGCUCCGUGGGCUCGGGCGGCCCGGGCGGCGGUGGGGCGGGCUCGGCUGCGCUGUGCCUGCGCCUGGGCAGGGAGCAGCGGCGCUACUCGUUGUGGGACUGCCUCUGGAUCCUGGCUGCUGUGGCCGUGUACUUCGCGGACGUGGGCACGGACAUCUGGCUCGCCGUGGACUACUACUUGCGCGGCCAGCGCUGGUGGUUCGGGCUCACGCUCUUCUUCGUGGUGCUGGGUUCGCUGUCUGUGCAGGUGUUCAGCUUCCGCUGGUUUGUGCACGACUUCAGCACCGAGGACAGCGCCACGGCCGCAGCCGCCUCCAGCUGCCCGCAGCCCGGAGCCGACUGCAAGACCGUGGUCAGCGGUGGCUCUUCGGCCGCGGAAGGCGAGGCUCGUCCUUCCACGCCGCAGAGGCAAGCGUCCAACGCCAGCAAGAACAUCACCGCUGCCAACGGCGGCAGCAACGGCAGCGGGGCAGCCCGGGUGAGCGGCAAGCACAGGUCUGCGUCCUGCUCCUUCUGCGUCUGGCUCCUGCAGUCACUCAUCCACAUCUUGCAGCUCGGGCAGAUCUGGAGAUAUUUCCACACAAUAUACUUAGGCAUCCGCAGUCGCCAGAGUGGGGAGAGUGACAGAUGGAGGUUUUACUGGAGAAUGGUGUAUGAGUAUGCAGACGUGAGUAUGCUGCAUUUGCUAGCCACCUUUCUGGAAAGUGCUCCACAGCUGGUCCUGCAGCUCUGCAUUAUCGUACAGACUCAUAGCUUACAGGCCCUCCAAGGUUUCACAGCUGCAGCCUCCCUCGUGUCUUUGGCCUGGGCAUUGGCCUCUUACCAGAAGGCCCUCCGGGACUCUCGAGACGACAAGAAGCCCAUCAGCUACAUGGCUGUCAUCAUCCAGUUCUGCUGGCACUUCUUCACCAUCGCCGCCAGGGUCAUCACCUUCGCCCUCUUUGCCUCAGUUUUCCAGCUCUACUUCGGGAUCUUCAUCGUCCUACACUGGUGCAUCAUGACCUUCUGGAUCGUCCACUGUGAGACAGAGUUCUGUAUCACCAAAUGGGAAGAGAUUGUGUUCGACAUGGUGGUGGGGAUCAUCUACAUCUUCAGCUGGUUCAAUGUCAAGGAAGGCAGGACACGCUGCAGGCUCUUCAUUUACUAUUUUGUGAUCCUUUUGGAAAAUACAGCCUUGAGUGCCCUCUGGUACCUCUACAAGGCUCCCCAGAUUGCAGAUGCAUUUGCCAUCCCAGCCCUGUGUGUGGUAUUCAGCAGCUUUUUAACGGGCGUUGUUUUUAUGCUGAUGUAUUAUGCCUUCUUUCACCCCAAUGGACCCAGGUUCGGGCAGUCACCAAGCUGCGCUUGUGAAGACCCAGUUGCUGCCUUCACUCUGCCUCCAGAAGUGGCCUCAAGCACGCUACGCUCCAUCUCCAACAACCGUGGUGUUGUCAGCGACCAGAAAUUCGCAGAGCGGGACGGCUGUGUGCCUGUGUUUCAGGUGAGGCCCACUGCUCCAUCCACCCCUUCUUCUCGCCCGCCACGGAUUGAAGAAUCUGUCAUUAAAAUUGACCUGUUCAGGAACAGGUACCCAGCGUGGGAGAGACACGUUUUGGACCGAAGCCUACGAAAGGCCAUUUUAGCCUUUGAAUGUUCCCCAUCUCCUCCAAGGCUGCAGUACAAAGAUGAUGCCCUCAUUCAGGAGCGGCUGGAGUACGAAACCACUUUAUAAAACAGAAGGACUUGGAGGGGCCUUGACCUCCAGAGGAAGGGGUGACAGCAGGGCUGUGGCAAUAAUGAAAUUUCAUCCGAGAGGAGGGCAACGAGCCAUAAUGCUCUUAGUCUGCGAUCGUCAUGAUUAUUGCCUCCAUCAGCUGACUGCCAGCUGUCCGUCUCCUUUCAAAAUAGCGACCAGAAAGAGUCCCCUGCUCCACCCAGAGGGGACAUAGCCCCUUAGGACUCCUGGUUGCUAACAACCCUUUGUGCAGUCUUCACCAUAUCCACCAGGGGGCACUAUUAUGAUGGAAAUUGUUGCCUCCACUGGAUUGGGUGUUUGGAUGGAAUUAACUAUCUUUGCAUAAAAAAAUAUUCAGUCAUACGCAUACACACACACAGGUAUCCACACACUAACACACACAACACCAGUCCUCUAUCAACAUAGCUUAGAUGAUUUUUCUUGAUGCAAUGCUUUGAUUUCCACAGGAAUAUAAAAACAGAGAGAAUAUAUCCCUCAAGUCUUCAAGGGAAAAAAAAGAUAGUACUGCUUAGAAACAAAUUCAUAACCAAUUGAUUGGAAACCAAUGUGUGAAAAGCCUAUCCAAUGGACAGCAAACUCAAGUGUGUUUACACAUGUAUUAGAAUUUUUGGAAUGGUUCGUUUUUGACACAUUUCAGGAUUUGUUUUUUAUUUUACGUUGUCAGUUACGAACAUCCUUUAUGAUAGAAAUCCUAUGCAGCACACGUAUGGCUUUUGACAAGACCAAGGAGCUUGAUAACUUAGUAAUGUAAAUUAAAUAAUAAUCAUGAUUCAGUAUUCAGUUGCAAAAAUUUAAUAAAUACACAAAGAUGAAGUAGGAAAACGAGGCAAAACUAGCAUCUGAUUUCCCAGCCUGCACAGCUCACAUUGGAGUAGGUGCAGAGCAGCGAGACAGGUAACAGCUCUCCAUGGCGGGGAAAGCGUGGCUCUGUGUGAAUACAGGCGGGCAACUCCAGAACACGCCAUACCACACCCUUCUCGUGCCAAACGCCAUCCAACCACGGGACUGACACGGAAGCCCCCAACAACUGGAAAUGAGCCCCGCAAAAGUGGACGUGAGAAUGAACAAAUUCUCCACUGUGUACAGAUACCCCACCCCCCAGUCCAAGGUCAAAAUGAUGUAUCUUUUAGAGGCUUUGGGACACUUUUUAGUAAGUAUGAGCAGAAAAAUGCAGUGAAUAUACAAUGAGAAAACCCAUCUGAACUGAUUGAGGGCUUAUCACUAGAUCCAGCUAAGAUUUGUAUUUGAAUCAUUUGUAAAGUCACGCUCUUUCAACAAGCUUCUGGGUUUUAAAUACCUCCGUACAGCAAGUUAACAUUCCCCGCUUUCUGUUCCCAGUGUCCUCGGUCAUGGUGCUUUUUGUUGCAUUAAAAGUGCCGGUCAAACUUUGAUAGUAUUUUUUUAUAGUUGGUGCAGAGUGGAAUAACUCAUGGAUUAUUUCAAUAUUUUUGUAAUAAAAAAUAUAGGGUAUACACAUAGGCAUCAUCACUUUUUUUAUAGACCUGCAAUUAUUUAAAAUACUUUAAGCAUCAUAAUUACUUGGGAUGGUCACAAAACUGGUCCACAAAUUCCAUCAGCCUGCCUUGGCAGAUUGAAAAUACUUAUCUCUUGCAAGAUCACCCUACUUUGCAAUGUUGGUGCCCCCAGGAACCUGGCCAGGGGUGCUAUCAGAAAUAUCUAUCAGGUGAUGAGAGAAUCAGCUUAACUAGAAAGGGCUUGUCAAGACUGGCCAAUGUUUCCCAGGAAAUCAAAGCUGUAAAUGAUCACUUUCAUCCAUCCAUUAGGACAAACCUGACCACAGUGGAAGAUGUCUUAAACUUCUUUCCCUGGUUUUAUAUUAAUCCAACUGAUAUUCAAUAUUAGUCAAGUCAAGGAAAAGGAGAAAGUCAGUACUUAAGUAUUCAGUUCUUUGGACUGUCCAAGUCACUUAAAGUAGUCAAGUGCUAUAGCCACACCGGUAGUGGGUGUGUCACACAGAGACUGCUGUCCUCAUGAUGACAUCCACAGGAAGAGACAGUGGGCUCAACCUGGGACUUCUUAUGGUACAAUAUGUAAAGGCAAUAUGUAGAAAGUAGACGAUUUUUAAUCAGUAGACAUACUUUCCUAGUACUCCAUGAUUUGAUCCUCCAAGCAAGAUGUCCUCUAAAAAAUAAUAAUCUCUUGUUCAGAUGUGAACAGAUCACCUAGUCACCAGUAAAGGUCCAGGAAGAUGCUCUUCUUGUCAGCAACUGGUGAAAACAUUCUACCCCCAUUGUAGAAGGAAAAAAAAUAAUAAUUAUAUUGGCAAAUUCUUCACUUUUGUGCAGAACUUAAGUCAUUAGCUUCAUUAUUUCCAAGACAACUUUUAAUUGGUGAUCUUUGGAAAUUGUUCAGUUGAACUAUACCUUUAAUUCCAUAAGUAAAUAACAGAUUACAGAAUAAUAUUGUCAACCAACACAAACCACAGGCCUACCACUCAUCAAUCAUUUAAGUCCUACAUUAUUUCCAACUUGGUCCCUCAUUUAACAUGCUAAGAAUCAAAAUGAGUGCUAUGUGAACAAAAGAUAAUGUACGGUGUUUUGUCUGGGAGUUAAGACUGCAGUCAGGAGGCUGUAAGAAGUUUGAAUUUCUCAGUGAUUUCCCAAAUACUGUAAAUACUCUGUUAUCCAACAUUCUCGAAGAUAACAAUGUGUGUUCAGUUAGUCCAAAAUUCUUGCUAAGGAAAGGACAUCCUCACCAUGUUAUAAAUUACAUACUUUCUCCAGAUUACAAAAACAAAAAAAUUUCCUUCCAAGGAAAAUCAUGACUUGCUCCUGCUUUCAUGAUUCAGAAAGCCCUGCACUGUCAUCAGACUGUGUGGUGAUCAGAACCUGGAUUAGUUUCCAAAGACACAGAUAACAGAGAGUUUAAAGUAUUAGGAUUUAAAGGGACAUUGUCAAUGUACAAAGGAACAAAGUUUGAUUUUUAUAUUCAUAUUUGAGUUCUUCCUAAGAUUUCAUUUUCAAUCUGCCCUUUAACCCUCCACAGAAAGUAAUUGGAGAAUCCAAAAGGAACGAGCUACGGUGAGCAUACAAACUGGAAAUGCUGGAUUCUUCUUCUGUGGGAUACCAUGGCCUGGGCCUGAACCUACUUGGCUUUUUUGAGAGGGUGGUCUGCUUUUAAUGUUUGCUUUUUGCAUAGGACCAUAAAAUAUUUUUAAAGAAAAUAUAAAUAUUUUCACUUUCAAAUUAGUAUUUAUAAAUGAAACCAUAUUUAAGUUAAGGAACACAUAUUAACCAUACUGAGACUAUAAGUAUUUGUGUGAAAAAAAAAUGUUUUGCCACGUAAGUCAAAGUUUGGUCCACCAAAAUGACUAUGUCCUUUAAAUUCUCUUAGCACCUUUACUUUGCCUUACUUAAUUAUGCACUGUCUGGUUCAGUAACAUUGGCUUUGCAGACACUCGGUUACUGUUCAUUUAUGAUAAUGCGAUGAGCCCAACAAAUGAAAUAAAUUCUUUUACUGCUAUGGCAGGAAUAUGCAAUUCAAAUAUUAGCAUAAUAUAAAAUACAAAGAUGAUCUGAAGGUAAAAGCAUAAUGAAGUAUUUAUGCUUAAGUUCUAAAUACCCAGUUUAUUUUGCUCUAUGAAGAAAUGAGAUGAUAGACUGACCAGUUAAAAAUGAAUGAAUAACUGAAAUCUCAGUGACUUUUUAAAAAAAUACUAUAAUGUGUAUAUGUUAUAUAUAUAUAUAUAUAUAACACAUAUACAUGUUUUUAUACGCACACACAACUAAAGCAACAGAAAUGAAUACUGCCCUUUCAUGUGUAUAGUGUGGUAUGUUACCAACACAUGAACUUUCAUUUGAAAAGCUUUUUCCUACUCCUUUUUCAACAUUAGCUCAAGAUUACAGUUCAUUUCUAUAAGAUAUCAACACACUUCUGAUGCUGUGGGAAAUAACUAAACAUAAUUUAGCUCUUUGAGCUUGAAUGAGCUUUAUCACUCCUUAAGGAUCUCAUUCUUGAAAAGCAACUGAAUAGAAUAGUUUUGAGUCAUUUCAAAGUUUCUUUCUCUGAACUGAUUGAAUUAAGCAAGGAAAACCUCUGGUACAGGACUGUGUAAGGUUACAUGUUUGCCUCUCAAUGGACCAUGUGCCAUUGAGUGGAAACAAGUUCUGGCACAAUGUUUAGACAAGAAUCCAGAGAUGUUUUUUCCUAAAGAACCACUUCCUAGACUAAAUACAUGCUCUUGUGCAUUCUCACACAUCUUUUCCAUUAGCCAUUACUGUUUCUAUAAAAAACUUGGAUGAGAUGCCUGAAUUUUUAUGUUUCUAAGGAGAAUUCCUUAAAGCCUUUUUAAAAAUAGUUAGACUGUCUUUCAGAAGUAUAGCUCAGAGGAUGGUUGAAGUGCAUGGUGAAGACACAGCAGGGCUGAGGUGGUCGUUUCUAUAAAUCCAGUGGGGGACGCAGAUCGACUUAUGUUCAAUUCAGCCAUUCAUUGUCACUUUUGAAAACAAUCAAAAUGAUCACUUUUGCCAGUUUGUGACUUAUAAAACCCCUUCUUCCAAAUGAAGCUGGAGCAUUUUAAAAUGGCUAAGGAUGGGCCACUUCCCUCCAGCACAUGCCCACCCCAUCCAACCCUCGUCUCCAAGCCACCAGCCCUGACCUAGAUCAGGCUGUACAGGAUCUGACAGCUGGGUUGCCUCUCCUCUCCACACUCCGGCAGGUGUCACUGUCUGCUGCCGAGCUCUCUCUGGGGACAUAUGUCCUGUCGAGUUGCUCUCCUAAAAAUGGGCACAUGGAAAGACUUACGAUGAGCCUGUGAGCAACAACCUCAAUAGUAUAAUUACUCGUUCCAAAGUGAAACUCUACAGGAUAUGGUGGAAUUGUACAAAAACACAAUGAGCCAUUCAAUUUUGCUAAUUAUAGCAAUUAGGCUAGCUCGCAUGCAGCCUUGCUCUCACAGCAGAAAGCCAAAUGGAAGAAGUGGCAAGCAGCCACUUGCCCACAGAAAUGAGGGGUUCAGAAACUCUCCCUUGAGUGUUUGAGGCAGUAUGUUGUUUCACACUAACCUAUUGAAGCUUUUCCUUUAGAUUCCACAAGAAAAAAAAAAAACAGACUUGUUAAAGUACAUGCAAUGAUCUAGCCCAGAAAUGUAAGAUUUCAGUGAACUUUUUGUGGAAUGUCCUGCUAAGUAAGGGAUAGCCUAAUAACUCUGAAGUGUCUAAUUGUUUUGCUAAAAUAUUUUACGGACAUAAAUAAUAUACUGAAAUAACAUGUCAGAAAUGCCAACUAAAGCAAAUUUUUUCUUUGGCUAUUUUUCCCCUUAGAUUUUCUUGCAGUUUCCUGUAUUAAUAGUAGCUUAUUGUGAUUGAGAGCUUGUCAUGUGCUUAGUGCUCUACUAGAGAUCUUUAUCCAUGGGAUAUCAUUUUAAUUCUCACAACCAUAUAUGAGUUAAGUAUCACUUACAGAAGACAAAGUUUCAGCUCAGAGGUCUAAACAAAUUGCCAAAGGUCCCACAGCUAAGAAACAGUGGGUCUUAGAGUUGAACACAACUUGUAACAACCACAAAUCCUACCAGAAGCCCAAGGAAUAUUAUUUUCCCCAAAAAAUCUAUUCCUCAUCUGUCAAGCCUUCAGGAGAAACAAAAUCAUGGUCUAACAAUCAAAUUGUUCAAGGAAAAUUUCAUUGAAAGUAAAAGAUGUCUUCCAAAAUAAAAAGUUAAAGAAGUCAACAUUGAGAAUGGAAGUCUGUACCACCUACAACUGAAUUUUACUUCAAUUCCCUAAUUCAGGUAGGCAAAGAAAUGCUGCUCCUCCAUCUUGACAACUGUCCACCCAUGGCCCUACUCUACACUCAAGCAAGUGAUAAAUAUAAAUUAACUGAUGAUUCUUUUCUGUUAUUCCACACUUGUGCACUAAUGUCAUCCAAUUAGGCAGACUGAGAACUAGCCCAACUACUUAUUUUAGCACUCUGACAGGAAAAUAAAAGAGAGACAGAGAGAGAGGAAGGAGGGAAAGAAAGAUCAACAAAUCUUGAGUGACAUGAUUCUACUCCACUGCCAUAAUUUUCCCUAAAUUUUAUUCAGUGUCUUUCAGGUCACAAAAUUUAGUAUUUGAGAUGAUUAUACCACUAACUUGACCUGUCAUAUAAAUCUAGGAGCCUUGUUUUAGAUUGAAAGGUUAGAUACAAGAAGAUAGCAAAUGUUUACCAAAUAUUUUUUGAAUUGAUUAUAAAACAAUUGAUGUACCCUUUAUUCUCCUUACCUUAGAUGUAACAGGCUCUAAUCAUACAGGAUGACGGAGUUAUUAGCCAUUUGAUGAUGUUGUGUAGUAAGCUUUGUGCGCGUUGUUUGAAUUGAUGCUAAAAAGGUAGCUAAUAAUAAACCAAAAGUUUUCUCAACCCUGGUGUUUAUUUCUAAAAAAUAUGCAGUGAUCACUCUGAAUUUAACCUAUUAAAAAUAUAAGUGAUCAUCCAGCCUCCUACUUUCAUAAAAUCUAAGCAUAUCUCUAUGAGUGAUGUUAAAUUAAAAGUCACUAAUUUUUACAGAAAAUAGCAUCUAAAAGUGAUCUAAGUGUUCCUUCAGCACAUUCUUUUUGUAGAUGAGACAAUUGAGAUCCAAAGUGAUCAGACAGUUUUUGUGAUCAGGAUUCCUUCAGUCCUUCAUUCAAAAAGCCUGGUUUAUAUCAUUAGCAGUGCCAGGCAAUAUACCCUCAAGUGCAAAAGGAAUCCAUGUUUCAGCAGCUCACACUUUGCUUAUUAGUAAUAGAAUUAAAAUCUUAUAACUUCAACUAUAAUUCUUUUCUACUCUACCACUGCAUCUAUAUUUAAUUCUAUACUAGAGCAAUAAAGAUAAGCUUUUCCAAGAUUGUAUUAUGUAAGCCUCACAAUAAACAAUUGCCACACACAAUGACAAAUAUAAGGAAACAUAAGUAUAAAGACAAAUAAACCAUGGAUGACUGCCUGUAAAGAGAAACUAAUUUUAUAAUUUGUUUUUAUGCAUUUUCAACACUAGACUUUUUUAAAACAAGGCCACAAAGCAAUGAAAACAUUAAAAUACUCUUUUGGCACACAGUAUUUGACUCAAAUCAAUCAUCUCUGGAUAAACACUGAAGAUAUUCCUGAACAUUUCUGUUAAUAAGAGACAUGAAAUUAGGAUGCCUCUAAAAUGUCUCAAGAAUUUUCUAAUAGGCUGCUUCUCUAUCUUCAGGGAACAUCCUUCAUUAGCUCAUAAAAUAUGUCUCUAGCAUACCAGUUAUUGAGGAGUCACAAAUUUCCAGACAUAAAACUCAGUUACUGCAGCCUGAGAGGUUGUUCUAAAGCCAUACUUCUGAUGUCCAGGACAUGCUGCAUUACCUUGAGGAGUUGGGACAGCCAGACCCACCUCAUGCGGAAACUCAUGCUGACAUCCCACCCAGUCCAAGUCUCUCCUACAAUAUGGCCCUGAGUGAUUGGCUUUCCCACUGAUACAAGGAGUGUAUUGUUUAAAGAUAACUAUUAACUUGCAUAACUAAUUUUCUCUAAGUGUAGUAAUUCUGGUCAGGGAAUGCAUAAACCAAUAGGUCCUCUGUGGAACAAAAGGGAAGAGAGAUAAAAGUAUAUUAAUUUGUGCAAGCACAGAAUAACUUUAAAAAUUCCUUGGUGAGUCCCAUUAAGCCUCAAUAAAACAUUUGACUUAAUAAUGCUGCAAGAUCCAAGGCAUGAUUUCUAGGUUCAUGCCACCAUUUAUAGUUCAUUACUGUGAUUACUGCUAUUUUAGCCAUUGCACCCAAGGAGAAGAGCAUAGUUACUGAUACAAUGUUUGCAGAGAAAAGAUCAUGUUUAACAAAACAGAUCAACACCAAAAUGUAUUAAUCAAUUUGAUAAGCAAAUAUUACCAGCAUAGUACAACAUGAAAUUUUCUCCUGUUAUUAUUAAAGGCUGUCACCUACUCUGUUAUUAGAAUUUCAGAAAAUGUAAGGUCUCAUGCUUUUAUUGUAUUUUCAUCCACCAAAUUAAGCUGGUGGCCCUCUCCUCUCUCCAUUGCUUGAUUUGCAUUAAAAUAGAACUAAUCAAAUUCUCAUUUAAGUGCUACAAAUAUUAAUAAAUAGAGAUGUUAUGUUUAAGCUAAUUUAACUGUUUUAGUGGCAUUCUGAUAUGGAGUUGUAUUACAUCAACACUCUUAAUUAUUUCAAAUUAACUCAUUUCUCAGAAGUUCUAAAACACUCCUAGGUGUGUUGAAAACAUAUUUCCAGUUUCUGCAAUUGUAAGAAAUUCCUAUUUUGAUGACAAACCAGUAGAAUAUGUCUUAAUCAACAGUGGCAUUUCAGCCAUUGUGAUUUUGGGAAAUGAGUGCUACUUCGGAUGUGUUGAGUACUGCUACAUUAACUUAGCAAUUAACCCUGAACCUGUGGCUUUCUGUAGGUCCCACUGUGUAUUCUCAUUCUAUUCACAUGAGGAGCCAGAGCAUAUCAUCCAGUAACCAAAGGAGAUCUGUCUGCUAGUCAGAUAAUUGUCAUUUUAUUUUAUCCUUCUGUCAAAGAAGGAAAAUACUCAACUUCUCUUAUUAACCUUUCAAAGGUAUUGCAUAUAGAAAAGGAAAUGGAUCUCUGAAGUCUGUUUUGAAAGCCUGGGGUGAAACAUUUUCCUUAGUCUGAAGAGGCGUGGUGCUCUGUGAAAAGAAUAAAAUCUCUGGUGCCAACAGGAGCGGGGAGCUCAGAAGUGUGAGCCUCGAUUGUCGCAAAGCUGUAUAUUGCUGAUGCUAUCGAUUCCCUUUUCUUUCUACAGAAACAUCUUGGGACUUGUCCAGCUUUACUGAAGGUGAUUUGAGUUAAUUAAUUCCACAGACCCUUUAAUCUGGCAAAUUCUUGACUUACAAUAUUGUACUGCAAGGGAAAAUUAAUCAGCUAGUGGAAAGGAGCCCUUGCUCCGUGCUGUGUUAUGACGCGCCCAGGCCUGAAGGGAAAGGCCUCUGUGCUACUUCCUUGUCAUUCAUGCUAUGACCAUUCAGCCACUUCAUUUGUUUUUGCCAGUAACACUGCUUUGAAAAAAGGGAAGACAGCCAAUGGAAUCCUGAGGGCUUGCACAGCUCAGAGAAUGGAUGCUGGACCACAGAGACUCCCUUUAAAUGGUUACACAUCUACUUGUGUUUGGACAGGGAAAAGAAAUGUCAUUGUCACCUCUAAUAACUGAUCUGAGUACAGCUGCUGCCCUUCCUUCAUUUCUUGAGAGUACCAUUGUCAGCAUUGUACUAACCAAUUUAUAAAUAUUGAAUUUAAAAUUCACUUUCAGAAGUAAAAUCUACAUGGAUGUAGCUAUUGAAUAAUUGGAUUCCUGCUUUCCUAGGUGUUGGCAUUGCCAGUUUCAAACUAAGGUAUAUAUGUAUGUAGAAUUGGCUUUCUUACUGCUUCUCAGAGCCUGCAAAACCUUGCUUACAAGCUUUAAGAUCACCAAUCUGACAUUCUUAAUGCCUAAGUGCUCACUUACAAGGCACAGGUAGUCUCGUAAUUAAAAAUCAUGAUUCUUUCCUACCUGCUUCUCCAUUUUUAAAAAAAGGUUGGAAUGCAAGACAAGAAUGAAUGUACUUCAGAUCGUAACUUAAGAGUUUGCAAGAGAAUCAGGCAUCCAAAUGAUCUUACAAGGUUUUCUGCCUCACCUUUUGGUAUAACAGUUUUAGAGUGAACCCUAAAUAAAUGAGUGAAAGUCAUCAGAUUUAUCCCAUAAGCAAUCUAACAGAAAUAAUAAGGAUAAAUAAGGAUAAUUUCUUGUGUUUCAGAGAUGUUUCUCCUUCCUAAAGUGACCAUCUUGGUGAUUAUCUCCAAGAUGUACCAAGAGCUACUAAUGAUAGCCUGUUAUGGCACCAGUAGCAUGCUGCAUUCCCUCCUGGGUAAGGCAUUUUUCAGAAAUAGCUCUUGGCAGAAGCACUGAAAUGUAAUAGUAAAAAAAAAAGUGGCCUGCCACCCUGACUGAUUUUCAACUGCAAGGCAAUGAAAACUAACAAGUUGAAGAAAUUGUUAAUUUCCUGAACCCCAGUGCCAAAACGAGCACAAAGAUACUCUGUACUGUACAAUGAGUUGGUUGCCUGUGGGGACACAGGAGCAAUAUACAAUCCUCUUAAACAAGGCUCAUGAGUCAGAGUGAUGAUAAGUGGUGUUGAGACAGAAGGUUUCCAUUACUGUAGAGGGGCAGGUGUGGUGUCAAAGGGGAAGCCCAUCAGUGUCUCAACAGAAUUUUUGCCUUUUUAUAGACCAGAGGUUCAAGGUAGCCCCUGCUACCCCAUGAUGAUGACAAUAGAUGCGUGCGCUUAUGAAAGCCCAACACCUGACUGAAGCGGGACAUAGAGACAUCAGUGGCUUCAUAUCUGAGACUAAUGGUCCUGAAGGGAGCAGUUCUUGGCCCUUGGCCUCUGCGCUGCUAGGUAACUCUGCACGCCAAGAGCUUCUGAUGGAUUAUGAGAUAUUUAAGGUUUUGUAAGUACUCUUGCUUGUAGAAUAUGAACCAUUGAAUUAUCCCUAAUUUUAACAGCAAUGAUAUUCAGGGUUACCAGAGCCUUACUCAUCAUCCCAUUGUAAAUAUAUCAUGACAUCACGAGAGCCUCUGCGUUCAGAUCCACUAAACCAGUUUACAAGUACUUAGUCUGUGUAUCUAUCCCCAAACUGAAAAAGUAAUUCUUGUGAGAAUGAUUUUCAGAAUAAUAAAAGUAAAAAAAGUGGACAAGUAAGCAAUUUUUCAAAAUAGACAAAACCACUAGAUAGCCCUAAAGCUUUGAUUUUUCCCUCAUGGCUAAGUUUCUUUUCAUGUGGUAGCUUUCAACCUCUGAAUUUUCCAGAUGAUCGCUGAACCAUCGUCACACAACUGGAGUAGUUGUGGUAUUAAAACAUAAAGAGUGUCCACGUGAAUGCAAAUAUACCAAUGAAAAGUGAAAAGUAUGACCAAGUAAAUUGGGUCUUUGUGAUGUCAAACAUCUGGAUAUUUCAGAAAAUCCAGAUGUUUGAGUUACACAGUUUUUAAUCUGGUUGUCUGGUGGUGCCUAGAUAGACAGAAAGUGCUCAGGUGUUGUAGGCAAUGAAAUUGAACUUUCUUGUACAGUGAUCUAUUACUGGUGAUACUCUGCUGCUAAAAAUAUCUUUGUUGUGCAAAGAGAAAUAAAUAAUGCACAGCAAAUGCUAUUUGAUUUUUAUUUACUAUAGACAAACACAAAUGGAAGACGUUUGGAAGGUAAGCUUGGUUGUAUUCAGACAUGAUUGUAAACAGAUAGAUAUUCAGAAAAUGGUUCUGGAGGCCUGCCACUCCACUCCUUCCAGGCAAGGACACUUUUUCUUAGCCCUUUCCAUCUUUCAUGAUUGUAUAAUUGCCCCUUUUCUCUUCACAUAAUCUUAAUUAUUCACAAAGUCUACUUAACAGAAUUGUUCACAGGAAAAACAAAUUUGUUAACUUUUCAUUCUUCAAAUAGGAAGUUUUAACUUUAAGGAUUUCUUAUACCUUGUAAGCAUAAAAAGACUUUAAGGUAUUUGAUGCAGUUAUUUCAUGGUGAAUUUUAAGAUGUCCAUAGAAGAAAAGCUAUUUUUCUCAAGUUAAACAAAAUACAUUACUUUUUUGUUUUGGUUUCUUGAUGUCAUUCUGACUGCCAAGGACCAACUGGUUACACAUAUUGGAAUAUUGAUGUUUUCCUUGUAGCCACAGAAAAAAGAAGUGACGUCAAAGGGAAAUUCACUUUCCAGAAGGGAAAUUUGAGAUAGAUAUUCAUCUGACUCUUGUAUUUGUGAUUACUUGUGGACAUGUCUUCCUUAUUUCAUCUGAUUUGGCUCUAGAUUGGUGAGUGUGUGUAUUUCAUCAGAUUGUGCUUACCUCAUUUACUGUUCUGAAGUGGGACAGGAAACCAGGCAAGCUAUUACGUGAAGUGACAUUGCAGAUGUUGUUCCGAGGUCUUGACUGUAAGCCGGCACCCAGAGCACAGGAAGGUAUUCAGCUACACAAAGAUCAUGACAGGAUUUCCAUAGAAAAUCUAAAUGUUUCAUGGGUUCUUGGGUAGUGUUUUGAGUGUGUCAAUCUCUACAUUUAGUGCCCAGUUAGAAUGAUUUCAGGGGGUGGACAGUCCCUUCUCCUUCCUUGUUGGGUCCCCCCUCCCAACCGGUGCCAAAGUUCCCUGAAAUCAAAUGCAUGCUCCAGCUCGUGUUGUCAUUACUCUGUGCUAAUUGCAUUCUGUAAACCCAAAUUUGGAAGACAGGUCUGUUUUGCUAUCCCACACGACAUGUGAAAGCUUCUGGGCCAACAUAGCUGCUGCUUCCACUCACAGAUGCGUACCAAUCCGACUUGGCACAGCUUUUUGUCUUCCUUGAAAUUGUUGCUCCACUAAAUCCUUUUCCAAAUCUUACCUUCAUGUCACUGACAGGCUGUUCAGUGCAGUGUUUCACUGAAUUGGCAACAAAGAGGUGGCAAUCAGUUGCAACUACAAAUACAGUAGGCAUAUUUUUCAGUUAUCUUUCAUUAUUUAAUAAUUGGGUGGAAUUUAUGGCUUAGUGGAAAACCCCAAAUCCCUGUGUUGAAUACAAUGACUGAAGUAUACUCAAAUUUAUUUUGUGAAACAGUAUCCUUUUACACUGUGAAAUCUGUUCCUUUAUGGAGACAAGGAUAUGGAGGGGAGAGGCCCGUGAUGAGAACCCCAGCACCUUUGAGUCCUCAUCACAGGUGGGUCACUGCAGCCUCAGAAACUCACCCAGCCUGGUUUCUCCCACAUGAAAAAGAGAGAGAAUAUUUACCUACCUCAUCGUAGUGUUGAGAAGAUUAGGAUUUGUAAAGUGCUUUUGCACUUGAUAAGUAGCAUAAGCAGAGAAGAACCAUGAGCAGCCUGGGAGAGGCUGUCCUAGAGGAGGCGAAGGAGCUCACAGACACACCACAAUGACUCCACAAGCAGAGAGUAUGAUUAUUCCUGAUCACUUAAUAACAUUGAAAUGUGUUCAAAGGUCUACAUAGAACUUUCUUUUUUAAUUAUCUGCUCUUUAAGGAGAAAAGUAACCCCUUUCAUACAAACAUUGAGAAGCUUCGUAUAAAAUAACAAUUUUCCUCAUAGCAAAACUGGAUUUUACUUCAUUUUCAUUAAAUGUACCCAGAAAACUUGGCUUCUUCUGAUGUCUAAGGAGUUUGCCUGCAUGAUCCCAAACCACCUUUUCCAGAAUGCAUGCAUGAUACCUGAGUUCAGUACUAAUGAUUGCCAAGCGCUGUUCAGCGACCCACUAUCAGGAGGGGACAUUUUAAAUAGAUAUUGAGAAUAGAUUUUGUGUUAUUUACAGUGAGGUUAUUUUUCAUCUCUAAGAUGACACAUCUUACCCUUUACAACCCAAUAAAGGAACGUAAAGCCUUAUUUCUGCCUGGAACUUCUGAGUUGACUCAUUUUCAGAUUGUAAAUACAUUUUAAAUUUUUCAGAGAAGUAUUUAUACAAGAACUUCUGGUAUACAUUGAGA